AUUUUGACUGCUGAAUGAAGGCCGAAGCACCUUCUUAGAGCCUUCUAAAGACUUAGACUUAGAUGAUGACACACAACAGCUCAGUACAGGAAGUUUUCAUGUGCAAUAAAUAAUUUCUUGAAGUUAUGGACCAACAAGGAGAUUCCAAAGCUUCCUCUGAAGGUGACGGACAAAAUCAAGAGGCUUCAUCACAGUCAGAUACUAUUUCAACAACUCAGUCUAGUGUAAAUCAGGACGAAGUGGAAGAUAAACCAGAGAGAGAGACUACCCAGACUGAUCACAUUAACAAGAAGUUACUCGACGCAUUCUUGGAUAGACUGAACAAGAACGACAGUACUGUUGCUUUUGGCUUAGAUGCUCAGUCUUCUUUCAGUGAUGAAGAUGAAUUUGUAGACAAAACAGAUUCUUUAACAAUAAAUGGGACACAGCACUGAGCUCAGUACAUUGCCAAGUUGUGUGACUUUCCUUUGACUUUUAUAUUUUCAAAGUACAUGUGUACAUGUACUUUGACAGCAGUGAAGUGUGCUUAGAACAACAUACAAUAAGAACAAUUUUCACAUUCCUUUAGAGUUUCCUCCAAUAAAUAGAAUGUCAUCAAAAAAGUUUUUCAUCAUUGGCCUCAGUGGCACAACAAACAGCGGAAAGUCAACUCUGACCUCAAUGCUCCAGUCUGCAUUUCCUCAUGCUUUCACAAUGUGCCAGGAUAGUUAUUUCUAUGGACCGGAUGACCCUCGAGUUCCCCUGGAGAGUCAGGGAUUUCAAAACUGGGAAUGUUUAGGAGCAAUGGAUAUGGAAAAGAUGGUAGCUCAUGUCAACAGUUGGAUGGCGAAACAAGAAUCUAACAAAACACCAGCAUUGCUUAUCAUCGAGGGAUUCCUGAUCUUCAAUCACAGGCAGCUGAGUAGCUUGUUCGACCAGAAGUAUUUCAUCAAAGUUGAUUAUUCAACAUCAGCAAAGAGACGAGUGUUCAGAACAUAUGUACCUCCAGAUGUACCUGGAUACUUUGAGUCAGUUGUAUGGCCGAAGUACUUGCAAAAUUUAGAAGACAUUCAAGACCAGACACAAAUAGAAUACCUUGAUGGUUCUAAGUCUUUAGACGAUCUCUAUAACCAACUGGUCCAAGGUAUCAAAGCUGUGCUAUCGGGGGACAAGAAGAACAACAGCUGACAGUUGAGCUGGUGUGCCCAGGAGAAGCAACUUUGCAUUUUCUGAAGUGUAAAUUUGCUGCCUUUGGCUCCUGCAUUAAGUUGUUUUUUGUAAAAUUAUUACUUUAGAUUGUAUCCAAAUGGUCUCAAGGCUUCUAGAAUAAUUUUUUUAAUCACUGAUGACAUGUCUGACAUUCAUUGUAAUUUUAAUUAAAAUGAUGUUAAUGUUUUCUUGCUGUUUUACUUUCCAUACUGGGAAUGUUACUAAAAACCUUAUUCUUCCUGUCUUCCUAACUGAAAAGGACCGGUGUUACUGUUAAGCCAAAAUCUUUGGUCUGUGUUAUAUAGUCAGCUUUCUUUUCUGGUUCUCUGAUUUUGUUUUGAGGAAGUUUUUAUUUUUCAAAUACAUCAGAUUCCCAUAAUUUUUAAAGUAGAAACUGAAGUCAUUAUGGGUAAUGGAUAACUUUGGUCAGUAAUAACAUUUUGAUCAAAAGUUUGAUGAGUGUUUCAAAGUUAAUCAAUUUGAUAUCCUCUUUUACGUAAAUGGUAACAUGUUCAAAAUGUCUUUAUACAAAAAAAUGAAAAGUUAACCAGAAGUUCAGCUUUUUGUUCGGAAUUGUAAUUUUUGUGACUGUCUACAUACAUACCCAGUAAUCUAAGAGAUCUCAGUUGUCACGAAGUUGAUGUGAACUAGAUAUGUUUAUAAUGUUUAAUGUUUUAGCUGAGGCUCUACUCACUUGUAGAAGAACGGGGCACAGGUGGAUGUUUGCACUCUCUAUCUCUCUAGUACCCCCCACCCCUGUUUUUGGCAUUGUGAAACAUGACUUGCCAGGAAAGUCUGCCGCGGUCUAAUGAUUUCACUAGUUGUUGCGAUGGUGAAAAUGUCAUGUUUCUUUCCUGCAGCUAAAUAAAAGUGUCUAAUUUUAGCUGCUUCUACAGUGUGGUGGAAAGGUGCCAUGAUGCAGGGUUUUUUUUUUUUUUUUUUUCUUUUCUCUUGUCUAGUAUGAGUGAGGGAUUGCCAAACCAUAUUUAAUUUCUCAUGAAUAUGACGAGAAUGGGUGGGUAGGGGGGGAGGGAAGAGUCCAAAAUGCUGAGAUUGAGAUGGAAUAUGUUUUGUGCUCUCAUAAUAAAUACAUGGCUGAUAUUGAUACAAUUCAUAUACGAAAUAAUUUAACUACCCAGAAAUGUUCAGCCUAGCAGAAUUAUGCUUCACCUAAACAUUUUCUGUAGAUGAGAUAGUCUUUUGUUGUUUGAUGACAUCAGAAAACCAGGCAAUAAAAUACAUUUUUGUGCAUGUCCCAUUGUGAAAACUUUGUAUGGUCUCACUUUGUGUAGUAUGGUACUUUAAAAUGCCCUUGUCAGUUUUGGGUUCAAUGCCUUCAUUAAAUGGAUUUGAUCUCUUCACCUUGA